GGAGUCGUUUUAAAGCUACCUCAUUAGCGCGCGGGCGUUUCUCUCUCAUCUUUAAUUUUCAUUGUAGCUCACAAAUCAAUCCAGUCGUUAGUUUUCAAGCUUUCUUUUGCAGCAAGGUGAAAUCUGGGAUUUGUGAUGUAAUUUGGAGACUUCUGACUCUUGCUUCUAUUAGAGGUUUUUCCAUUCGGUGGUAGGCGCUUAAAUUUUUUGAGAAUGGCGAAGAUCUGCAGCGGACUGGUGAGUGAGAAUGAAGCUUCUACUCCGUGCGACCGGGGCUCUCGAGCGGCGCGGCGGAGGAGAAUGGAGAUCAGAAGGUUCAAGUUUGUGCCCUCACCGGAGAUGGAGGAAGGCCAGAAGCGUCAAAAGCUAAACGUCUGUAGGCCGUCGUUUUCUCGGGUCUGCGGAAACGCUGUGGAGAACUCCGCUUCGGAUGAGGAAAAACAACUGGUUGUUGUGGAAAGCGGGAGAGCGGAGGCAAAAGAGAUCUCAAUUUCGAAUCAGGCUUUAAAUCUUUCGUUUGCGACGGGGUGCUCCUCUCCGUCAGACCGUGUGGUUCCAGAAGUUUGCGAUGAGUACCCGAAGUUCGGCUUUGCAUCUGUUUGCGGAAGGCGUAGAGACAUGGAAGACGCAGUGGCAAUCUACCCUUCCUUUUGUCUACGGGACCGCGAAAUCACCGAAAUGCAUUAUUUCGGAGUUUACGACGGCCACGGUUGCUCUCAUGUAGCGACGAACUGUAGAGAGAGGUUGCAUGAACUGGUGAGGGAAGGGUUGGAAAGCGAGGAUCCUUCACCAACGGAGUGGAAGAGCGUGAUGGAGCGAGGGUUCAGAAGGAUGGACAAGGAGGUGAUUGCGUGUAACGAGAGCAUUUUUGGAGCCACCAAGUGCCGGUGCGAGCUUCAGUCCCCCGAGUGCGAUGCGGUUGGAUCUACGGCGGUUGUUGCGAUCGUAACUCCCGAUAAGAUCAUUGUCGCCAACUGCGGCGACUCCAGAGCCGUGCUUUGCCGUAACGGCAAGCCUGUUCCUCUCUCGUCUGAUCACAAGCCGGACCGUCCAGACGAGCUGCGUCGGAUCGAGGCCGCGGGUGGUCGAGUCAUAUACUGGAACGGCCCACGGGUUCUUGGAGUUCUCGCCAUGUCAAGAGCUAUUGGUGAUAACUAUUUGAAACCCUACGUGAGCUGCGAGCCGGAGGUGACGAUCACGGAUCGGACAGCGGAAGACGAGUGUCUGAUCCUGGCAAGCGACGGGCUGUGGGACGUGGUGUCCACCGACACGGCAUGUGGGGUGGCCAGUAAGUGCUUGCGAGGGAAGGGCCAGGUGCCUCCGUGUUCGCCCCGUGGGCCUGCAGUGGGCCUGCUCGAGACCUCCGACGAGACGUGCUCGGACGCGUCGAUGUUGCUGACGAAGCUGGCCUUGGCUAGGCACAGUACCGACAACGUUAGCGUGGUGGUGGUGGACCUCAGAAGGGACACGUAGCGAUAUACCAUAGGGUUGGUUAUUCAUGGCAUGCUAGUCUUGGGCUGGGGAUUUUGUGAUUGGAUCGGAUUUUUCUUUUCAAAAAAAGAAAAAAAAAAGAAAAUUCCAAGA